AUCUCUGCACCGGGGGGAGGGAGACAGCAGGAGAGAGACACAGAUAUUACAAACAUCAGAGCAGGUAGUGUUUAGGGCAAGACUCCUUCCAGCUUCAACAACUGGUUUUUCCAUAAGAAGGAAUGGUUUACCACAAAUUCAGCCCAUUUUCUGGCAAAAACCCUAAGACAUUUUCCUCCUACUUUGUGGAUGUGCAGGAAUUCAUUUUAUUUAAAGGAAAAAUCUUAGGAUUGGUCCUGUGAUGCCUGUAGCUGUGGCCAAUGGAAUAAGCUCAUGUGCUCAGUGAAAGUAGUCAAAGCACUCCUGGAUGUCUGAGGAGGUCCCAGUUAACUGGAGGAUGGCAAAUAUGGCUCCCACCUACAAGAAGGGUUGGAAGGAGGAUUGUGGAUCAGGUCAUACUGAGUGCCAUCAUACAGCAUGUACAGAACAGCUCAUCAGGGGAUCAGGCUCAGCCAGCAUGGGUUCAUGAAAGGUAACAAGUGACAGGACAAGAGGAAAUGGCUUCAAGUUGUUCCAGGGAAAAAACCUCUUCACUGAAAAGUUGGUCAAGAACUGAAACAGGCUGCCCACAGAAGUGAUGGAGUCAUUAUCCUUGGAGGAAUUUGGGCCACAGAGAAGAAAACUGAAUAUGAUGAAGAACGAAGAAACAAGUUUUAAUGUGGACAAUACCCGAGCCUCUCCCUUCUCCCUCUGCCUGCAGCCUCUCAGCCCCGUUACAAAGCCACACAGAACGCAAUUUGAUGAAGAAUUCAGAACACACCUCUCACAUUUCCGCUACGGUCCUCCUCCUCUUGAAAACAUGGAAACAUUCCAGGGGUCCUUGGAAGGAGGGUCUCGCAAACGCAAGAGCAUGCCAACAAAAAUGCCUCCUCCCAUCACUCCUGAGGAUUCCUCAUCAUCACCAGAUCGACCUGAGGAUCACAAUGACAUAGGUUCUUCCAGUCUCCCCUUGGUGUUCCAACAGCCAGCUCAGCCCAAGUACAGUUCCCAGAUGAUUGACCUCUGCAACUUUGGUUUUCAAUUCUACAGAACUCUGGAGCAUUUUGGAGCCAAACCCAUUAAGCAAGAACCAGUGAAGCCUAACAUGGCAUGGCCCAGUAGCCCAGCAUUCAUGCAGGCUCCUUACCCUUAUUAUCCUAAAGUCCACCCUGGCUUAAUGUUUCCUUUCAUUGUACCACCAAAUUUUCAUUUCAGGAACCCUUUUCAAAUGAAAAGACCUCCAGAACCACCCUUCAGGAGGGCUGAAGUAAGAGAAAGUGGUGAAAAUAAACAGAAAGUGGAAAGAGUAGAUGUCAACCUUCAGAUAGAUGACAGCUACUAUGUUGAUGUGGGGGGUGAACAGAAGCGCUGGCAAUGCCCCAUGUGUGAGAAGUCCUAUACAUCCAAGUACAACUUGGUCACCCAUAUCUUGGGUCACAGUGGCAUUAAGCCACAUGCUUGCACGCGAUGUGGCAAGCUUUUCAAGCAGCUGAGCCACUUGCACACGCAUAUGUUGACACACCAGGGCACUCGGCCACAUAAGUGCCAGGUGUGCCACAAGGCUUUCACUCAAACAAGUCACCUUAAAAGACACAUGAUGCAACACAGUGACAUCAAACCUUACAACUGCAGGAUCUGUGGCAGGGGUUUUGCCUACCCCAGUGAGCUGAAAGCACAUGAAUCCAAGCAUGAGAGUGGACGGGAGAACAUUUGUGUGGAGUGUGGUCUGGACUUUCCAACUCUGGCCCAGCUGAAGAGACACCUAACCACCCACCGUGGCCCUAUACAGUACAAUUGCACAGAGUGUGAUAAGACCUUCCAGUACCCAAGUCAGCUACAAAACCACAUGAUGAAGCACAAAGACAUCCGCCCAUACAUCUGCACUGAAUGUGGCAUGGAGUUUGUGCAGCCCCACCACCUGAAGCAGCACUCCUUGACUCACAAGGGUGUGAAAGAGCACAAAUGUGGAAUUUGUGGCCGGGAAUUUACUCUGCUGGCCAACAUGAAGCGACAUGUGCUGAUCCACACCAAUAUCAGAGCCUAUCAAUGCCAUUUGUGCUUCAAGAGCUUUGUGCAAAAGCAGACUCUCAAGGCCCACAUGAUUGUUCACUCUGAUGUCAAACCCUUUAAAUGCAAGCUGUGUGGAAAGGAGUUUAACAGAAUGCACAAUUUAAUGGGCCACAUGCACUUGCACUCAGAUAGUAAGCCGUUUAAGUGCCUCUACUGUCCCAGCAAAUUCACCUUGAAAGGAAACCUAACCAGGCACAUGAAAGUCAAACAUGGGGUCAUGGAAAGAGGAUUUCACUCUCAAGGUUUUGGAAGAGGAAGGAUUGCUCUGUCCCAGACAAAUGUCUUGAGAAGCUUGGAACAGGAAGAGCCAUUUGAUCUAUCCCAGAAAAGCCAAGGGAAGGGAAUCUCAUUUCAUUCUGAUGGUGAGAGUGCCAAGGGAAGCUCAUGCCAGGAAGAAGAGGAAGACAACUGCUAUGAGGCAGAGCAAUACAGCCCUGCCACAUACCAUCAUGAUGACAGCAAGCUGUACAUGGCUCAAGAUCUCUCUGGCAAACCUGAGUGCAUGAUGAAGGACUUCAGAGAGUCCUACUGCAAUGACAAGGAAGAGGUGUUAAGUGAGGGAGGACUGGGGAAGAGAAUAGGAAAUGCAGACAAAGAGGAGAGAUGUGGAGAGGGAGAGCUUACAAACAACAAAGAACAUCUCGGCUUUAGAUCUUUUGAAAAGGCCAGACUUGGUCACUCUCUCUCUGAUUAUGUGUAUUUCAAGCACAGGAACAAGAGCUUGAAAGAAUUGCUGGAAAGAAAAAUGGAAAAACAAACAAUGCUUAUAGGCAUUUAAAAUGGACAUUUUAAAUACAGCUGGAAAAUGGUAACAUAAUGGUAACAUAAGAUUUUAACAUGAAUUGUAAGCUACUAAAGCCUGGAAGUCUGUAGUAGUAUUUAGAAAUAAAUAAGCCAAAUUAUUAAAAAUAAUUUAGGGUAAAACACAUACAUUAAAAGAAUUAAGCAGCUUGAGGUUACCAAGAGAUGUAAUAGAUCUUGAAAAAUAACACUUUAAUAUUUAUCCAUUUAAUGUAUAACAGACAAUGGGUUGGGUACAGAAGUUUACUUCCUAUUAUAUGGGGAUAGAUACUUACAUCCAAUUUUCUACUUAGCAGAAAGCAACAUACUUUAGCAUCUGAUUUAUUAUCUGACUGAAUAUAUAUGAAAACUUCUAACCAUAUGCCUCAAAAAUACCUGAAAAUACAAAGUAUUUCACAUUAUAAGCCGGAAUACUAUUAAACAUGGCAUGCAUGAAAAUGCUAUCAACAUUCAGAACUAACACAGUCCAGACACUUUGUUUUACUGAAGUGACUCUUAGUGCAACUACUUACAAUGAGAAAUGUGAAACAAAAUAAUAAGAAAAACUAAUGUCUUGGGAGGCUGUAAAGGACAGUUCUGUAAGGCUUUGAAAGGACUGGAAUUUAUUACAAAAGUUAGUUCCCUGGCACAAGGAAUGUUCAUGCUUUGCUGUGUUUCAGCCAGUAUGGGAAUAUUCAGAAAUUCUUGAAGUGAAAUAGCAUAGAUUGUGUUAACAUUUUGUUCUGCUGCCUACUUGGACCAAUACCUGUACAGGGCAGCAUCAGCAUGCAGCAUUCACAAUCUUGCCAUAGUUACACAUAACACAGUCAUUUAAUAGAAAAAAUUAUGCAGCUUUACCAUUUAUCUUUUCAGUUUAUCAUUACUAGUAAGGAUAAUUUUGAAAUACACAGAUCUGGUCAAUUUUUGUUUCAGAAGGUAAAAACUACCCUUAUAGAACAAACAGUACCUCACAGAGAAAAGCCUUCCUCUUAUUAAAGUCAGAAAACUUCUCUUAUUAAACACUUCUUGAGCAGUAAGCUGCAGGCCUUUCAGACAAAUUUCACUCAUGCUGUUAUUAUGGCAUCAAACUCAGCUUUUCAUCCCUGAUUCCCAUACAGUUAUUGUAACCAAUACGGGAAAAGCAUAUUCCAUUAAACUUUUCACUAAACUUUUCAUUAAUUACAUGAAUACUUUGAACAGCAUAUUAGUUCCCAUAUCUUCAAGAAAGACAAAAAGCAGCCCUGCAUCAUUCUAUUGCUUAUGUGGAAAUAAAAAUUUAAUUAAUCAUAAAA